UAAGCAGCUGUAAAUACACCAAACAUGGAGGAUUUUCCUCAGAAAAUUAAUAAAACUUAUACUGGUUUUUACCCUAAUUUGGGUUCCCAUUCUGCACAAGCUGACAGGGUAAAGAAAAAGAGACACAUAAAUGAGCAGAAAGCAACUAGUAAAAGAAGAGCAACGAUGAAUCAAUUGGUAGGAAAAGCUAGAUCUGGCAGCCAUGGAAUCGUGCAUGGAAAUGAGAAUGGUGUUUUGAGAGCUGAGCGAGUUGUUGUUGUGGGUAGCAAUAAGCCUCAGAGUUCAAGAGAGUUGUCUCAGUCAGAAGUUCGCAAUAUGCUGGUGGAGAAGGCUAGGACGGAGAUCUGCAAGAAGCUGAAUGAAUGGAGCACAACUUCUGCAUCUAGGAUGUCAUAUAAGGAGGACAAGGAAACAGAAAAGAAGCAAACUGCUGCUGCCCAUACUGCACAAGGAUUUCACAAAAAUGAUUUGAGAAGAGAGGAAACUGUGAAUGGUGUAUUAGUGAACUCCAGCAAAUCAUGCAAGCACAAAGAGUCUAGUGUCGUCUCUACUACAAGUGUUGAUUCAGAACCAGAAGAUACUGAAAUUAAGUCUAUGAGGGUUCCUGAUUCAGAUUUUCGAAAUUUUGACGAGGAUAGAACGGAGAAAUUAUUUGAAGAUAAUCAAGUUUGGGCUGCUUAUGAUAAUGAUGAUGGCAUGCCCCAUUAUUAUGCUCUGAUUCACAAUGUCAUAAGUAGAAAGCCAUUUAAAGUGCGAAUCAGCUGGUAGACCUCUAAAAACAACUCUG